AUGCGUACCACAAUGCUGAUGUGGUGCAUGCACACACGCACCGUAAAAAUACCCUACCCACUACUGUGUGCAUGUGCUCUUUUGACGUCAUGGUGGCACGCCCUCAACACCCGCAUGUGCUGUACAAACCUUCCAUCACCAGCACAGCGCACCAGAAGAAUCACACAGGUAAGCCGACCUACAGCUGAUUCGGCUGAUUUCCAGUGUGGAAGUGGCGGGGGUAGGGAAUUUUUAUGGGGUAGGGAAAUCACUUCCUCCCAGCUGUGCAGGAGGAGAAGCUGUGAGCUGAAAGGGGGGCAGCAUGGGAGAGGACCAAGCCCCUAACUCCCAAUAGCCACGGCCAGCAGAAGCCACCCUCCUGCACCUAAAAGUUAGGAAACUGAAGGGUGCCUAAAAUUGUGACCUGUAUGUGUGUGUGUGUGUCAAUGUUUGUAUCUGUGUAUCUGUAUGUGUGUCAUUUUGUCUGUGCAUCUGCAUGUGUCAGUGUUUAUAUGUAUAUAUAUCUGUGGGUGUGUCCUUGUUUGUAUCUGUGUGCCUGUUUAUCUGUAUGUGUGCCAGUGUUUGUAUUAGUGUGUCUGCUGAUCUGUAUGUUUGUCACUGUGUAUAUGUUUGUGCAUUUGCAUGUGUCAGUGUUUGUAUCUGUGUGUCUAUACAUCUGUAUGUGUGUCAGUGUUUGUAUCUGUGAGUCUUUAUAUCUGUAUCUGUAUGUGUCAGUGUUUCUAUCUGUGUAUCUGCUUGUGUGCCAGUGUGUGUUUCAGUGUGUCUUUGCAACUGCAUGUGUGUCAGUGUUUGUAUCUGUAUAUGUGUGUGUAUCUGUAUGUGUCAGUGUUUGUAUCUGUGUAACUGUAUGUGUGUCAUUGUGUCUGUGCAUCUGCAUGUGUUAUGGUUUGUAUCUGUAUGUUUGUAACUGUGGGUGUGUCAAUAUUUGUAUCUGUGUGUCUGUUUAUCUGUAUGUGUGUCACUGUUUGUGUGUGUUUAGAUGUGUAUCUGCAUGUGUCAGUGUUUGUAUCUGUGUGUCUAUACAUCCGUACGUGUGUCAGUUUGUGUAUUUCUAUGUGUGCCAGUGUUUGUAUCUGUAUAUCUGCUUGUGUGUCAGUAUGUGUGUGUGUGUGUAUCAGUGUGUCUGUGCAACUGCAUGGGUGUCAGUGCUUGUAUCAGUGAAUCUGCAUGUGUGUCAAUAUGUGUAUAUCUGUGUGUCUGUGCAACUGCAUGUGUGUCAGUGUUUGUAUCUGUGAGUCUGUAUAUCUGUAUAUGUGUCAGUAUGUGUAUAUAUGUGUUGGUAUCUUUAUGUGUCAGUGUGUGUGUAUAUGUGUAUCUCUGUAUGUAUGUCAAUGUUUGUAUCUGUCCAUCUGCAUGUGUGUCAUUGAAUUUGUGUAUCUAUACAUCUCUAUGUGUAUCAGUAUGUAUAUAUCUGUGUGUGUAUCUGCAUGUGUGUCAGUGUGUGUGACAAUGUGUAUAUGCAACUGUAUGUGAGUCACUGUUUGGCUGGUUGUUACUGUAUGAAUGUUAAUUCAUGGCCAGUUAUUACUGGGUAAUUAUCUCAUCGCCGGCUGUUAUUACUCAGUAUUUAUCACACGGACAGUAUUACUCUGUAUUUAUCACAUGGCCAGUUAUUAUUUGGUAUUUUUCACAUCGCAGGUUGUUAUUACAUGGUAAUUAUUACAUGGCUGGUUAUUACUCUGUAUUUAUCACAUGGCCGGUUAUUACACAGCAUUUAUCACAUUGUUGGUAGUUAUUACUAUGUAUUUAUCACAUGGAUGGUUAUUACUUGGUAUUUAUCACAUGGUUAGUUAGUUAUGAUUACACUGUAUUUAGCUAUCACAUGGUUAGUUAGCUGUUCUUACACUGUAUUUCGUUAUAACAUGGUUAGUUACACUGUAUGUAUCACAUGUUAGUAGUUAUUACACUGUAUUUAGUUAUUACAUGGUUAGUUAUGACACUGUAUUUAUCACAUGGUAGGUUAUUACAUUGUAUUUAGUUAUUACAUGGUUAGUUACACUGUAUUUAUCACAUGUUAGUAGUUAUAACACUGUAUUUAGUUAUUACACAGUUAGCUAUUGCACUGUAUUUAGUUAUUAAACGGUUAGUUAUUACACUGUAUUUAUCACAUGGUUAGUUAUUACACUGUAUUUAGUUAUGACAUGGUUAGUUAUUGCACUGUAUUUAUAACAUGGUUAGUUAUUACACUGUAUUUAGUUAUGACAUGGUUAGUUAUUACACUGUAUUUAUAACAUGGUUAGUUAUUACACUGUAGUUAUUACAUGGUUAGUUAUUACACUGUAUUUAUCACAUGGUUAGUUAUUACACUGUAUUUAGUUAUGACAUGGUUAGUUAUUACACUGUAUUUAUAACAUGGUUAGUUAUUACACUGUAUUUAGUUAUGACAUGGUUAGUUAUUACACUGUAUUUAUAACAUGGUUAGUUAUUACACUGUAUUUAGUUAUGACAUGGUUAGUUAUUACACUGUAUUUAGUUAUUACAUGGUUUGUUAUUACACUGUAUUUAUCACAUGGUUAGUUAUUACACUGUAUUUAGUUAUCACAUGGUUAGUUAGUUAUUACACUGUAUGUAGUUAUCACAUGGUCGGUAAUCCCGGUCACACAGAGCCGCCCCCUAUAACGCAUGCGCGGUGCGGUCUAGUUGCUGUACUCGCUCUCUCUCUCUCUGUAAGAUGGCGAUGCGAGCUCUGAGCGGAGUGCGGCUCGGACUGAGGACCCUGGGAGCCCCGGCCUGCCGCCUGCCAUGGAGGGCGAGCUCGGCACGGAGCCUGGCUACCGGAUCACACUUACUGUCCGGUGAGUGACACUCCCACCACACACACUGCAACUUUUACUGCAACUCAAACUAUGGAGCUCUGCACCUGUGUAAUGCAUGGAGCUCUGUACAAGGACAUAGUGUAUGGAGCUCUGCACCUGUGUAAUGCAUGGAGCUCUGUACAAGGACAUAGUGUAUGGAGCUCUGCACCUGUGUAAUGCAUGGAGCUCUGUACAAGGACAUAGUGUAUGGAGCUCUGCACCUGUGUAAUGCAUGGAGCUCUGUACAAGGACAUAGUGUAUGGAGCUCUGCACCUGUGUAAUGCAUGGAGCUCUGUACAAGGACAUAGUGUAUGGAGCUCUGCACCUGUGUAAUGCAUGGAGCUCUGUACAAGGACAUAGUGUAUGGAGCUCUGCACCUGUGUAAUGCAUGGAGCUCUGUACAAGGACAUAGUGUAUGGAGCUCUGCACCUGUGUAAUGCAUGGAGCUCUGUACAAGGACAUAGUGUAUGGAGCUCUGCACCUGUGUAAUGCAUGGAGCUCUGUUAAUGGACAGAGUGAUUGGAGCUCUGCCCCUGUUUAAUGCAUGGAGCUCUGUUAAUGGACAGAGUGAUUGGAGCUCUGCCCCUGUGUAAGGCAUGGAGCUCUGUUAAUGGACAGAGUGAUUGGAGCUCUGCACCUGUGUAAGGCAUGGAGCUCUGUUAAUGGACAGAGUGAUUGGAGCUCUGCACCUGUGUAAUGCAUGGAGCUCUGUUCGUGGACAGUGAUUGGAGCUCUGCACCUGUGUAAUGCAUGGAGCUCUGUUCGUGGACAGAGUGAUUGGAGCUCUGCACCUGUGUAAUGCAUGGAGCUCUGUUAAUGGACAGUGAUUGGAGCUCUGCGCCUGUGUAAUGCAUGGAGCUCUGUUCGUGGAUAGAAUGUUUGGAGCUCUGCGCCUGUGUGAUGCAUAGAGCUCUGUUAAUGGACAGUGAUUGGAGCUCUGCGCCUGUGUGAUGCAUAGAGCUCUGUUAAUGGACAGUGAUUGGAGCUCUGCGCCUGUGUAAUGCAUGGAGCUCUGUUAAUGGACAGUGAUUGGAGCUCUGCGCCUGUGUAAUGCAUGGAGCUCUGUUCGUGGACAGAAUGUUUGGAGCUCUGCGCCUGUGUGAUGCAUGGAGCUCUGUUCGUGGACAGAAUGUUUGGAGCUCUGACCUCAGCCAGGCACUGAAUGGCAUGGAGAGCGCUGUGUAAUACUGUAUUCAGUUUGUGUUUUAUUUUUUAAGAAGCACUCUGCUCACCCUGAGAAUACUUGCGGAUUGCUGUGUCCGGACAAUUGGAGAAUAUGUUUUUACAUAUAAUAAUAUUACAUGUGUUAUUCACACACCUAUCAUUUCACAUGUAUUGACUGCAGAGCAGCAUUGGAUCCAUUAUCAGUACAUAUGAGUACCUUCUCUUCUGAAUAACUGCUAUACUCUGAAAAUUUGUAAACAAAAAAACAAAUUCUUUCUUGGCUGCACAGACUAAAUGGCCCAUUAGUUCUGAGUCAUUGUACUAAAUCUGUAACAAUCACACUGUCUGCACCUUAUAAAUCUGGAACCAUUUUCACCAUAAAUGUGAAGCAAGUAGCAGGGUUAUUAAUUAGUGUGAGCGUUCUGGAAUUCAAAGUCCAUUUCAAAUUUUAGGCAUUAUCUGGCAGAAGCAAAUCUUCAAGUUAGUUCUCAGUUUUACUGUUUUGGCCUAAAAGUUAAUAUCUAAUUUAAUACUUUGGGAGCACUCAUUUGAUGCAGUUAGGGAUGAGUGAGAGUGUAUAUACUGCUUGCUCCAUGCACUCCCUGUUCUGUAUCCUUUAACCAGUGAGUGGCAGGACAGCACAGCCAAUCUCUGGUCCUCCAUUGCAUUUUGUGAUAAUAUUGAGCUUGUGUCUCUGAAACUGCUAUGUUUUCAGCUGCAGGGUUAAAACUAGAGGGACCUGGCACCCAGACCACUUCAUUGAGCUGAAGUGGCCUGGGUGCCUAUAGUGGUCCUUUAAGCUGAAGUUGUUUUGGCGUUUAUAGUAUCCCUUUAAACCCUUCCCGCCACCAUAAUUUGUUUUGUAGCUCCCAUUCACAAAACUGCAUGAGAACCAUGCAUUAGCCCACUGUCUCAACCAGUUAGUGACACCCCUGUCCUCUCACCUGGCACUAGAGAGAUGAGUUUGGGGUUAAUUAUUCAUGAACGGUUUAGCACCUAAAGGAAAGACAGUGCCAGGGACCUUCUGGCACCAUAACAACUUAAUUCCGAUUAAGUUAUUCUGGUGCUCGGACUGUGUCCCUUUAAAAAUGUAAACAAGGGGGGCGGGGCCUGACAGCCAAGAUGGCUGGUUGCACAUCCUAAGAGCUCUUGCAACAACCGGCAUAAAUGAGCUAAAACUGAGUGACAUUCACGUUAGCAGCACAGGGGGACCGGGAACAGACGCAGGGCAACAUGCCAAACAAAACGGUACCAGUCCGGCUCCGGUGCACCGCUGAAAAACCUCUACCGGCCAUGCGGCCUAAACCAGAGCGAAGCCUGAGGUCCGGGGGAGGCGGACGAUCUCCCGGCACGUGACAAGCUCACAAAAGAGAGCACACUACAGCCCUGCUGCCCGGACCGGCGGGGGACAUCCCGGUCCUCGCUGGGGACGAUUACCCCCAUACCACCGCCUGAACAAGCAACAAAACCCUCAGCCAAAUGGGACAAACAGGGCCUAGCCAAGAUGGCGGCUCAGACGCAGCCUAAGACCAAGCGAACAUCUAUUAAGCCACCCAAGCACACAUUGGAGUUCGUUGGCCGGCUAUGCACCUACCUCUGGGCAAAGUUUAAAGCCCGAACACAGAUCUACAAGCUAGCACUGAAGGAAGUGAUGGGGUGGAUCUGCCCGGCUACCCGGUGCCACCUGCAAGGAAACCGACCCUGUAACUCCCGAGUGACCUCCCGAUGGAGACAAAGCCGAAGUUCAUCAUGGCGGGAACCGGCACCGGGGCCCUCGGACAGCAGCACUCACGACCCAAAGCUCCAGAAGAGGACCCACCGGCUCCCCGACCAACCUCCCACUCGGCGAUUCCAACAACCCUCAACCAGCAAAGUGCAACACCGCACGUGGAUGCACACACAGCCCGCUGCGACGUUGACCAGGAAGCAGCGAGGAUGUCGGCAGGGGGACGAAACCAGCGGAAAGCCCUUCCACAGCUCACCAGAGAGGGAACCCCGAUGGGGCACAUACCCUGUCACGCAAGCAAAGCCACUAGAAAAGGCACCGGGUGACGCGAACCAGACUGAUACACUCAGAGGCCCUGUUCGAGACGCGGGGAUCAUUACUUCACUCAGACGGAGAUAUAAAGUAUCUCAGUGGCAACUUCACCAAGGACUCUGGACUAUGGAUAAUCAUAGAUCAUCAUACACACGGACUCAGCAAGAUCUUACAGGCUAUCAUAACACAUCUUAGACCCACGCAGCAGUCACCCUGCUCGCCUGGACGGUCUCUCUCUCAAAGCCAGAGGUCCUCAGAUUAACCUAGCCCGGAUAGGAAGCACCCACUAGGCUCCUAUUAAGCCACAUCGUUUUAAUGUGUUUUAAGCUAUGUUUCCGUAGGGGUGCUUUGAUUAUCUUUGCCACAGAACUUGGCCUCACAAGGGUAUUUACAACUUGCAUUUCAUAAUAAUUUUGCUAGCAUAUUAUUAUAGCCUGCAAUAUAGUAACCUGGCACCCCAGAUUCAGACAUCUUUAACUAAGCUAGUGUGCCAUAUUUGUGAUAGAACCGAUUUUGUUUAAGCUUGUGUACCACCUAUCUACUUAACCUCUCAUGCACUGUUAAAAGCAUGUUACUAGCUAUUUCAGCGUUUACACAAGAGAAAGUUCCUCUCCCAAGCAAGCUGUAAGCAUACGGCCUCCUGAACCAUGCCAGUAAAAAUGCAAACAACUUAGGCACAUCACCCUAAAAUACUCGACUGUCUUAAACCUUGUUUAUCACUGUUUAUAGCAUAUCUUGACUCACUCAUGUUCCUCUCGUGUUAUAAAAACAAACAAAAAAAGUGCAACAUCUCUCGAUUACCUAUGCAAACUGUUUCAUGUGAUGUAUAGAACUCAACAAAUAACUGCAUAUGCAUGUACCUUACUCUGCACUCAAAAAUAAAGAAUAAAUAAAAAAAAAAUUAAAAAAUUUCCUGUGAGAACUUUGCACAGUCGGACCAAUUAGCAGGGCCUUAAUCACUAAUCCAUUGUGAUGUGGGAGAUGGGGUCUUGCCAAGAAUUGCUAGGGGCAGAGUGCAACUUUUGGAAACUCUAUCCUGGUAGCUAGAACUUUGAAACUUCAAAAGCCAAUCUAAUCAGGGGUGGCCAAAAAUGAUGUAAAAUGGGGCAUUGUGUGUCUAUAAAUUGGGAUAACUAAAUAAAUUGCUCUGUAGCAAGUGGCUAGCUUGGAAAAAUAGAAAUCUCAACAAUGACAGUUUUACGUCUUGUGUAUAUUUUUCUGACUGUACUUUGCUAUUUCAGUCGUGAUCUGGUUUGAACCAGUGGCUUCUGCCAGAGACUGUGCAAGUUUUCUAUUCUCUGCAAAAUUCUGCUUCAAUGCUUGCAUCAGAUGAAGUGAUCCAUUUGUAAUUCAAACAGCAGAUACGUCAACGCAUCAGAGUUUGGGCCUUCUGUUUUGUUCUAGGGACAGAUUAAAGUGUGUGAAUAAUAUUUAAUACAUUUAUUAAGUACUAUAUCUAUCUGUAAGGUGCAUUUUGUGUGUGUGUGUAUGUGUGUAUAUAUGUGUGUGUGUGUGUGUGUGUGUGUGUGUGUGUGUGUAUAUAUAUAUAUAUAUAUUUAUUUAUUUAUUUUUUUAAUUUCCUUGUCUUGUAUAAAGAAGAACCUGACUGUUUUCUGAAAACGUUAAAACAUGUUAAAUUAGUUUCUGUGAUUCACCGAGAAAAAUAAAUCACAGUAAUUUUUACAUGCGGAGGAGGUAGGGCUACCGGUUUGAACUACUAAAUCAUGACAAGCAUGUAGCACUCAGCAUUUACCGAGCCACCAAACGCUUCCUGUGUGCCUUACAUCAUGGGCAAGAAGGCAAAGAAAUCUAAUGUUGAUCCCGGCUCGGGUUCCCGAGACAUCGGAGCUUUUAUGCGCAUGGCCACGUGGCCGGACCCGUGCAAGAUGGCGCCGGCCGGGGCCUCUAGCUCACCUUCGUCAGACGACGAGAGCCCGACAGCCACUUACUCCCACCAAAGGUACAAGCAAAGCCCGCAACACCCACGGAGCUAGGUGACUCAGCUCCUUCCACGAAAACCGACCUAAAGGCUCUAGUAAAGGAAAUACAAGCAAUGUUCCAUGCUGACAUGGCGCUGAUUAGGGAGGGAAAUCUCCGUGCUCAAAGGAUGGGUGAAGACAGUGGCAGAGGACCUCAAAAGUGCUGGGGUUGCCCAACUGCCACGGAUGCAGCCCUGGGAUCACUGCAAAAGCAGUCCAGCACCCUGACUUCACAACCAAUAGUUUUAUAUAUUAUUAUAUUAUACUAUUCCUGAAAAGUCGGGAUAAAAUCCUCACUAAUAGGAAAUGAUUAAUUCGGGUUAUGAUGUAUAUUGCCAAAGCACCUGAAGUUAUCUGGUAUUAACAGAGCAUACAACAACAAAAUAAUGAGCAGAUAGUAAGUGAUAGGCAUACAGGAUCACAUAUUCGAUAAUAAAUCACUGAGAGUAUUAUAUAUAUCUCUAUCUCUGUGCAAAAAGGGAAUUUAGACAAGACAGGAUGAUCAGCAGACAGUGGAUGGAAUACAUAAAACAUCAAAUACUGAAUCCUGGUUUACUGACAACCGGGGUUCUAAAAACAUAGCAUAAUAAUAAAUAUAAAUGCAGACGCUAAGCUGUAACAGAGGAAGCUAUAACUAGACUGUUAAAAUGGUUCUAGCUCCUUGUUUAGGCCAUUAGGUGCCAUAGAAUUAAGCUUAAAAAUCCACAUAGACUCAGCCUUAAAGGGCCACUAUAGUGCCAGGAAAACAUACUCGUUUUCCUGGCACUAUAGUGCCCUGAGGGUGACCCCACCCUCAGGGUCCCCCUCCCGCCCGGCUCUGGGGAGAGGAAGGGGUUAAAACGUACCUUUUUUCCCAGUGCCAGGCGGGGAGCACUCCUCCUCCUCUCUGCCUCCGAUCCUCCUCUUCGGCUGAAUGCGCAUGCGCGGCAGGAGCUGCGCGCGCAUUCAGCCGGUCUCAUAGGAAAGCAUUUACAAUGCUUUACUAUGGACGCUUGCGUCUUCUCACUGUGAUUUUCACAGUAAGAAGCACGCAAGCGUCUCUAGCGGCUGUCAAUGAGACAGCCACUAGAGGAUUUGGAGGCUGGAUUAACCCUAACAUAAACAUAGCAGUUUCUCUGAAACUAUGUUUAUUUAAAAAAAGGGUUAAUCCUAGAGGGACCUGGCACCCAGACCACUUCAUUAAGCUGAAGUGGUUUGGGUGCCUAGAGUGGUCCUUUAAUCAAUUCCCUUUUUCUUUUUGCACCAUCCUGAUGUGGAGGAAUAUGAGCUAUCCCCAUUACUUUAAUUCCAGAAGGAUUCUUCUCAUGAAAGAUUUGGAAAUGUCGGGCCACCGAGGACCUCGUAUCAUUAUGAAUUAUUGCUGGUCUAUGCUCACGAAACCUACAUUUCAGUGGCCUGGUCAUUUGACCCACAUAUUGCCGCCCACACGGGCAGGUUAGGAGAUACACCACAAAUGGGGUGCUACAGGUGAUUUCAGAUUGAACAGAAAAGGUUUCUAAACUAUUGUAGGGACUAAACAUAGAAAUUUGCAGCUAACCAGCAACCUCCAGUUAAUAGUUAAUCUAACAGUUUGUGCAGUCAUGAGGAAUUUAAGCUAAAUUAUAAAAUUGGGUGUAUAGUAAACAUGUGGUGUUGUUUUUGUUGAAUAAUGUUAUCUCUGAAUACCUUUUAAUGCACACAAUGUAACUUGUAGCAGUCUAGUGGUAAAACUAUUACUCCCGUAUUGGGUAGAUUAUGUGGUUCACCCUAUCCAGCUCUUUGCUGAACAGAUAUAACAGAUAUAUGGUGCAGGCUGUAUCUUGUCCCCCUUCAUUUUAUACAUUAAAGCGGCACUGUCAUGCCGAAUCCCGUUUUUUGUUGUUUUUUUUUAACCCGCCUCCACUACAUCCAAUUGACCCACUAGUCAAUAGGGGGGGGACCUACUAAAUUUACUAAUACUAAGUAAUCUUUACUUAGUAUUAGUAAAUUUGUCUGAAAGACCAAUUUAGGUCUUUCAGCCUUUUAGUAGAUAGCUCCCUGAUACCGUGGGAAUUAGGGAGUAUCUACUAAGCGGCUGCCAGAUGCAGCCGCGGCAAUGAAUAGGAUCAGAGUUUCAUUCCUUCGAAUGAAAUUCCGACACAAACAAAGUGCCGAAUUGCGUUCUAAAAGAAACGAACAUACUGUUCUCAUUCAGUUAGAACGCAAUUCGGCAGUUUUAGCUAAAAUGACAGGAAGCAUCGCGGGAACACAGAGGAAAGCUAGGGAUCAUGGGAAAAUUGCUCUGACCAGCGGAAAUGAAGCACACUUUGCUCCUCCGCUGGUCAGAGAAGGUCAAGCGGAGGAAUCCUCCAUACGGCAAAGAGUCCCUACUUUGUCUUAUGAUUUUAAAGAAAACUAAAUAUGACAGGAAGAAAAGAAUAACAGAUCCUGAGAGAGGGGGAGAAGAGGGAGAGAUUGAGGAAAGGUAAGUUCGGCAUGACAGUGCCGCUUUAAGUGCAGUGGUUUAGAAUGUGAUGUUUCCACUCUAUAAUGUGUGAAUGCAAUAUUUCUCCAUGAUUGAGCAAAUAGUUCAUGCCAUGUGUAUGCUGAGGGUUUUUAAAGAAAUGUUAUUGAUUUGUGUUUGCAUUACGUACCUUCAUUCACGUUAUUUAUUUAUUUUGGGGGGGAGGGGGUGUGCAUACGCAGUUUCCCCCUUGAAUGACUGCUUUUUACUUUUAAUCUAAUUAGAGGAGAAGAAUGGCUGGCUGAACUCAGCCACUUCCUGGUCUUUGUAGAAAUGUUUGUUUACAACCACCAGGGGCCGUUCAGAGAGGAGUCUAUAUUUGUAUUAGUUUCUUUAGACUUGCCGGGGCUCAUUUGACUUGUAUUUCUAAAAUACUUUACUAUUUAGGCCACCCCUGCUCUAACCAUUGUUUUAGAAUGGUUUGACUUCUCACCUGGGUUUUGCGAGGCACUGCACCCUGCUGAGAGCUUCUGGCUACAAUGGUAGCAGAGAGCAGUGCCUAGUGCAGUGUGCUGUAGUGGUUAUGGUGCUCGGAAUGAACUUUUAUUAGUGCACCAGUGUUGCUCAAUGUGCUUUAACCUACUAUGCAAUUUAAAUGGUGUUCUUGCCCUGUCAGAAAUUUUGUGUGCGUUAAAUUAAAUAAUUGUGCCUCCUCAGUAAGAAUAUAAAGUGGUGUGUGUGUGUGUGUGUCCCAAAAAUAUGUAAUUUUCCAUAAUAAUUUUUUUUUUUUUUUAAACUUUGUGUAUCUCUAUAAUGCUGCUUGAGAAGCCUGAAUUAAAUGCAUUAUAAUUUUGGUAUAAUGCAGAAUGUAUGAUCAUUUUACCACUUUCAUUGCAGCUCGCAAGUUCACAGACAAACAUGAAUGGAUUUUAGUUGAAAAUGGAGUUGGGACAGUUGGAAUCAGUAAAUUUGCUCAGGUAUCGAUCUGUGUAUGUCUGUCGAGUGAUCUUUGAAAUCUGUAUCUGAUUAAAUUAGCUCUAGCAGUCACUGCAUACCUCAGUGUUGGUCUGUUUUGGACUUUGUCUUUUUUUGAUGAGGCCAUUGACAUUCUUUCGGUCAUCAGUUAAUCAUGGAAUGUCUUCAUAUUCAAGUACAAACAAUGCAAAUGGAAUUUAUAGGGCAUGCAUGGAUAACUUUGGCACUGCACGUUUCUGUGAACUACAGUUCCCAUAAUUCUCAGCAAGCUUCAGAAAAAAUAAAAUUCACAAGCCAUUCGCAUGUUAGCCAUCACUAUUAAAAUACAUUUGAUUGUGCCCACCAAAUGCUCCUAGGUCCCCUGUAACCCUUCAUUUAACCUCUUUCUUUUUUUUUUUUUUAUUCUCUGGAUCGAUGGCCCAGGCACGCCAUCUUUGUGUUCCCAGAUGACAUGUCCCGCAUGGGCUUCAUCUGCCCACACUAGUCUGGCAGAUUUUAACCUCCCUUAUUUACUAAUAUUUAUUUUUAGACAAUCUUUAUUUAUAGAAUUUAAGUAGGACACAACAUGGCAGGCAUACCACAGAGAAAGAGAAAAAACAAUAUGCAGUGUAUACGUUGAUGUAUUAAUCAAACCUUUAUACAUGUGAGUAAACUGUGUUUUUAUAUAUCAUGACCUUCCUGUUGUGGAAUAUGCUCCAAGCACGUGAUGGCAUAGGUCUAGCAUGGACAUAAAGUAUUAGUGCUGUGGACAUUUCCCAUUUUCUACUUCCAGCAUUAAUCAUUUAUUCAUUCAAUAUGGUCUUAACAAUAGUAUAGUAUAGGGCCAACCGAAAUCUGUUGGCUCAAUCUGGCUAGCUUCCUUUGGUCUCCUGAAUGUCGAAACAUGCAGUAGAAGCGGUAUACCCACCACGGUCCCUGACCCACUGUAUAAGGCUAGUCUGGCUUCCGUUCCCAUCCACAGCAAGCGACCAACUUGCUUAAGUCAAGCUCACCUAUGUCCAGCCAGUUUGGCAGUCAUAGCGUUAACCAGCCUGGAGUAACCAUUAGAGUGGGCUAGCAUUCCACCAAUAUCUCUUGUCUCCCAGGGUCACUGGGGUGUGCUUUGGGCUAUGUACUGAGGCCAUUCUCUUGCCCCAUAAGUUUCUGUCAGUGUCAUCGAUCCUCCGUCAUGGGAACUAACUGUUCUAUCCUACUACGGAUAUCCGCUUUACAGCCACCACGACAAUGAAUCCAGCAACUGGGUUACCCGGGGACAGUGGACCGCUAUUCAGGGGCAGAUCUAGUAUCUCCUGUCCUCUUCCACUUCAAUUUCACUUGUGACAGAGGCCGUGCGAGUUCUUAUCCUGUGAGAGAGAAAAUCUCUCCAGGGUGCUCACAAGUAUUUUUUACUUGGUAUUAAUAAAGUUGGCUGAAAGACCAAUUUAGUUUUUUUAGCUUUUUAGUAGAUUGCCAUUAUAUGGCAAUCCCACAGGGUACCACUUCAGAGGGUAUCUACUAAACAAGUGCAAGAUGCAGCUGCGGCACAAAUCGGAAUUUCAUUCUUCCAAAUGAAGUUCUGAACCAAAAAAAACCUUAAAUUUCAUCUGAAAGCGAAUGGACAAACUGUCGACAUUCUGUUUGGACAAAAUUCGGUAAUUUCGCCCGUGCCCUGUCUACAUGACAGGACAUUCGGAAUCGCAAAAGGAAGUAAUGCAAAAAUACGGACGUAGGGUGAGUAUUGUGGGAAAAGCUCCUCCUUGUGUCAAAGUCAAGCGUACGAAAAAUACAUUGUCUUGUGUUUUAAAGAGAACUAGUCAAAAAUAAAAGUGCAGAUUCCGAAAGAGGAAGAGAAGAGGAAGCAGUUGGGAAAAGGUACGUUUGGCGUGACAGUGCUGCUUUAAAUCCAUCGUGUUGGCUAAAUGGCUAGCGAAUGUACUAACUAGGUUUCUAUUUUAACUUGAUUUGAGCUGUUUUCACUAUGUUGUAUAGGGACUCUAUAGUUCUCAGAACCAGUACAGCUUAGUGUAGUUGUUUUGGUGUCUAUAGUCUGUUCCUGCAGGGUGUUUAAUGUAAACCAUGCCUUUUCAUAGAAGCUACCUGUAGUAGCAGUCACUCCGACGGCCACUAGAGGUGCUCCCUUGAUUCAAUGCAUCUCUAGGAGGUGAUGCUGAUUGGUGCAGUGUUUUGCUGCGCAUGCACAAUAUCCUCCCAAUCAACAAGAUUGAUUCUCAGCCUUGGAGGCAGGGCCCAGCCACGGCUAGACCAGUGCGGCAUGGGGAAAUAAGGGGAGUUAAAUUACACUAUCAUUGCCCUGAUUGGGGGGACCUAUAUAGCGACACAGGCACUAUAGUGUCAGGAAUACACGUUUAUAUCCCUGGUCCUAUAGUGUUCCUUUAAAUACAAAGGGAGGAAUGCUAGACUAUCUUCUGUGCAUAUUCAUACUAGAUAUGUGAGAGGCAGGGUAAAUGUACAAUCUACAAAUGACGCUUUGUAGAUAAAUGUGAAUGUUGUAAUUAUGUAAAUAUACACAAUCUUUAUUUUAAGUUAUUUGUUCAUGCUUUACUACAAUAUUUGGGAAAUGAAAAGCUUUAGACUGCAUACAGUGUCCUUUAUCUUGCAAUAUUUCACACAGGGUCUGAAAUGUCAAAGUAUAAAAAUGCUAUUUUAUCACAUACAGUAGGUGUGACAAAAUAAAUAAAAUGGUUAAAUAACUUGUUUAGAUGUAUUUGGGAGAACCCUGAAUGCAUUAAUAGCAGUAUAGCUUACUGAAAAUGUAAAAAACAAAAUACAGUAAAGCCGUUAAAUCCUGAUUUUUUUUUUUAUAAUAUAUGAGGAUCUAUGGACUAAAUUUUAUUCUGCAAAAUGCAUGAAUUUAAAAAUGUUUAUACUCUUUUGGUAGUGAAGUAGUUAAACUGGAGAUUGUCUUACUGAUUAGUUCUAUAAAUCAAUGUGACUUUAAUCAAGGCUGUCAUGAUUUGCAACUACAUAGAAUUAGUAUGUGCUGUAUUUUUAAUUUCUUUAUUUCCUAUACAAAUGCACAAAUAGAGCUUAUUCUAAUUCAACUGACCUGCUUCUGCUCUCCAUAAUUCUCAUAAAUUAGAUUUUGUAGUUUUAAAAGUUUUUUUUUUGUCACAAAUUGUGUUUGUAUUUUACAUGAUUUUACAAUGUUCCUCCCUUUUUAUUAAGGAAUCAUUAGGAGACGUGGUUUACUGUGGUCUUCCAGAAGUUGGAACUAAAUUGAAAAAAUUGGGUAUGUAUGGUAUUUGUGUGUUGGAUACAAUCAGGGAUGCAAUUCAGUGUGAAUUCUCUGAGAAGGGGCAAAAGCUUAGAGAAACUCUGUAUCUUUUUAUUUUCUAUUUAUUUUUUUGUAAAUUUGUAUUUUUGUAGUGUUGAAGAGUAUACAAUCACCUGCUUUGUCCCAACAACAUUAGAUAACACAAUCAUACAGGUAGCAUAAAGACAUUAGUGGUACGUGGAGAUAAGUAAUGUACAAUUGUGAUGGAACAGCACAACAUUUUUUAGUGUAAAGAGUAGAAAAAAGGAGUUAUAUCAGGUAGACACAUAACUGGAGUAUCAAAGCGUGGCAAGGUUAACUCCACAGCUAGACUGCCACAGUGUUAUAAUGUUAAGAUAAAUAAUUGCAGGCUAGUCCGUCAGGAUACGGUUACUGUGGAAUAAACAUGCUAAGAACUGUGUAUAUCAAGCUAGACAUUCUUGAAAAGAUUAAUAUUAAUUUUUAAGAGUGGAUUCCACCGAAAGUAAGUCACUUUAGUUCCCCACGAUCUGUUUUGCCUGAGCGGUAUGUCAGGUCAGUGUAAUGCUUGGGGCGUUCCCCAGGCUGGACCUCAUCAGCGUUGCUAUCUGGAGUGUUAUUAUCCAGUCAAGCAGGUGUUAUGAGUGGGGAAACACUGCUUGGCAAUUAUCACAGCCAUCUUCUAAUAUUUGGUGCGAGAAAUAGUUGUACUAUAGGCAAGGAUCGUGGUAAAGAGAUCACUGAGAUUCAGCAGACUAUCUCCCUCCCUUCACAUUGAAAGCUCUGCGAGUUAACUUAAACCAAACAGCAAAAAUAAUACAAGAAAAAAAAUCUUGGUGUGUCAGCAUGUAUGGGCAAAACAGUGUUCAGUAGCUGCAACAAGGAUAUGCAAGAGAGGCAGCAUCUGGAAAUACCGGUUUAGUGUUCACAGUCAUCCAAUGCCUAGGUUCGUCAAUGAAACGGCGGGGAGACGGAGGAUCCAUAUGUCAACAGCAAAGUGCGGGCGGCAUGGGUCCUCUCUCCAGGCCCAGGCCUGUUGGAAGGUCCACAUAUCUGGUCCACAGACUCUGGUGCGCUGUGUGGCCGGGUCUUUUCCUUUGCAGGCGCUGCGGAAGGCAUUGAUGUUCUGUCGCCGCCAGCAGCAGGUGGUCUUCCGGCAUGGGUGGGUGCCUUCAGCCUGGGUUGGCAGGCAGCGUGGGUGGCGUGUGCUCUGUGCUGGAUUCUGCACGAGUGAGGCCUGCUUGGCCCUUUAUCACCAUCCCUCCUCACCUCCUUCACAGAUUUUGGUGAUUGAGGUGGCAGGGGUUGUUCCAGCUGUUACCAGAAUCGCUGAAAUGUCUUGUCCAGACAUUGUAGGGUGCGCUCAACCAUCUCACCGCCGGGGUCCGCAUGUGUUGGUGACGGUUGUGGUAAGGCCUGGUGCCAAUCGCGGGCAGUGAGAGUCUGUGAAUGAGCGUGCAUCAUGUUGGUCCACAGGGGGAGGGAACGGGUGCCCUUGCUGAAAAUCUCCGCUGUUUGCUACGAUGGGAGAGUAGCCGUCUCUCCCACACCGGCCAUGCUUGUAGGCGCAGAAGUCGCUUGGACGAAACCAGCAGGUUAGUCUGCAUAUUUGGUAUCGGCAUGUAGGGCUUAUUGUCCCCUUUUACCCGGCAGCAGUUAUUGGAUCAGUGGUCUCUUGGUAUUGUCGGUAAUCUGUGAAAUCUGCUACCGUGAGCCAGGAACUGCAGUAGCAUACGACUGCUCUGCUCCAUGGUCAGGUCCCAGGUCCCACUCCGUAUCUUGCCCUUUAACGUAGUCCCUGCUAUGAUCUCAAAAAUGUUUUUGCUCACUUGUGCCAUUAUAGAGAGAGCAUAUACUAUUUGCAGAUCAGACUGAUCCUACCCAAGACAUCGCCCAGAGCCAAAACGAUCGUCCGAGUUGCUGUGUCUCUCACACAGAGGGAACUUACUGACAUUUUUUAAUCUGGAGAGGAUCAGUCUGAUAUACAAAUGGUACAGGUUCUCUCUGUAACGGCAUAAGUGCCCAAAAAACAUUUUUGUGAUCUGAGUGGGUUCUUUGUUUUUUGCACCUCACUGUGUGUGUGUGUCUGUGUGUACCACUAACAGUGGGUAGCACUUUUUUGUUACUUUAAAUGCAGUCUUAGUUACCUGAGGGCUAGUUGGAUCAGGUAGGCACUGGUGGGAAUCCCACGGUGCUGAGGUACCUAGGGUCUGUUUGUUUGGCUAGGAUUGUGAGGCUUAUGCUUUCUCUCCCCUCCCUCAUAUAGCAAUCACCAUAUGUAUUCCCCAGGUACCACGGAUCUCUCUGAGCCUAAUUUACCCUUCCUGUUUGGCAACCCUGUACAUACCUGUUAAGGCUUUUUCUCCUCUGGUAUUAGUGUACUUAUUUAUUUUUUGUGGUUUAAGUUAAAUGUAACUCAUGUUAUACAAUAAAUGUUGCUUUGAUAUUCACUGCCUUCCCCUCCCGAAGUGCCUUAGUACACGUCCCUGGUGUUUCCUGUUUUGGUUCUAUAAGUGGUCAGUGUUUACAUUACAGAUUAAGGAUACCUCCAGUGGCCACUCCUCACAUGGCUGCUAUAGGUGCUUCCUGGGGCAGUGCUGCACAGUGUGCAGCACUGACAUUCAGUCUCUCCACCCUCUGCAUGCAGACACUGAACUUUACUCACAGAUUCAUUUAAUCUCUAUGAGCAGAUGCUGACUGGUCAUGGUGGCCUUUGGCUAAUCCAUUAGUUAAUACUAUAGAGUCCUCUGCAACCCAUCCCUUAUGUGCUACAGGUGCUGUUAGCCUGAGCAGUAAUGGACAGCUGUUAUUGGCUGAGAGUGUCAGCUGACUGCUUUCAGCCUAUCAGAGUGCCCAUUGCUGGUAUGAAUUGGUAUCGUGUGUAAUAUCUACCACAGCCAUACCUUUAUUUAGGGCUGGGCUUUGGGUGGCCAGUGACAAUUAUUCAGUGUUCUUAUUAAGUUUAAACUAAAUAGAUUAAUAUAGGGAAAGCGCCAGAAGACUAUAACUAAUGCAAUGAGAUGAAAUUAAGUGCCUACAGCGUCCCUUAAAAUAUAGUGGAUUCAUGAUCUGCUUUUCUGUUAAUUCAUAAAGUCUUAUAUACAGAGUUACAAAACCUAAAUUAAAAACUUGCUCCUAAAUGGACUGCAGACUUGAACAAAGCUUGAAGGCACACAAUCUGAAUAUCAUAUUUUUAUUUGCCUCUUAAGCCAAUUGUGUGUGUAUUCCAAUUUAACUCCUGAAUAAACAAAUAUUGUUGUACGUGGGCACAUCAUUAUUGUCACACUAGUUAUAUUAUUAUUUUGUAUUACAUGCCGACUCCUGCAUUUCACCAAUUUGUUUUCCUGGUAUUGUUUUACAGAGGAGUUUGGGACUUUAGAAAGUGUUAAAGCUGCUAGUGAACUUUUUUCUCCAUUGACGGGACAAGUCACGGAAAUAAACGUUGCGCUGGCGGACAAUCCAGGCUUGGUAAACCAGUCGUGCUAUGACGAAGGUAAAUUUCUGCUUUGUGUAAAUGUUUGUUCCAGAUCACCCAUCGUCUAUUAAUACAGUUCCCACAACGGACAUGCCGGAGCUCUUUUCUGCUAGAAAUUUUGUCUUUUUCUCAAAGUGAUAGUCUCUCCAGAUUUCUGUAGACAAAAUGUUGGACCAUUGCAUGCAGUGGUUGAACUAAAGUAGAGAGGGCCCUAGUGUAAAAAAAAAUAUAUUUUGCAAGGAUGGAAAAAAGUAAACUGAUCCCAAUCUGUCGUACAUCUCCCAUAAUGUUUUCCCAGCUGGGGAUCUACUACUUGCCUGUCCUUGCAGGGCUUUAUUCUGCAUGUUUUUGUAUGGAGUGUGUGAAUGUAGGGGUGUAUUUGUGUGUUCUGUUGCCAUUUAAAAGGUUUACUUGUUUUAUAGUGUUUGCUUGGAAUGUAGGGUUGUGUCUGUAGUGUUGAUGUUUGAAUGUUGCGAUGUAUGUACAUAUACAUCUAAACUACCACACUGACACUUAUACAGAUACACUUACAGACACAGGUGCAAAAUGUACACAUUUUAAGCCACCCUCCUGUUUCCUACCUUUUGGGUGCAGGAUGGUAGCUUCCCUGGGUCCAGUUGGCUAGCUGGGGUUGUUUCGAGCAAGAGACAUGUAACCUAUAGUUUGUGCUGGGGCAGAUGCCACACUAACAUUAUUUAAACAUUGCUUUCUCUCUCACUGUGGUGGCUGGGACUGUCUCUAACUGAGGCACGUUGGGCAAAAUAGAUUUGGUGGGCCAAAGCACUUUCUGACUGCAUGCAUUUUGGGGUAUAUAUGAUGAACUUUAAUUUAUUAAUCAAAUACAAUGUAUCAAUGUAAUUUUAUUUUAUUUUUUUUAAAUUACAUGGUACUGCUUUUAAGUCGUGUACAAUGUAGAUUAUUUCUGAGUUAUGUGAAUUGUUUGAAUGUUGUCUUGUGCAAUCAUUCUAUAUAUAUUUAUAUAUUUAUAUAUAUAUUUAUAUAUAUAUUUAUAUAUAUAUAUAUAUUUAUAUAUAUAUAUAUAUAUAUAUUUAUAUAUAUAUAUAUAUUUCAAAGAGAUGGUAUGAGAUGAGUGACAAUGUGAUGUAACCCUGUUUUGUUUUUGAUUCAUUAGGAUGGUUAAUCAAGCUGACUGUGGAUGAGCCCUCUGAACUGGAUGACCUGCUGACUGAAGAUGCAUACAAGAAAUACGUCAAAUCACUUGAAGAGUGAGCUCUUUGUAGACUGUGUCCCAGGUAGAAAGUCUUGUAUAGGUGCAGAGUAACAGUUAAUGGACGGUCUCCAACUUGCUGCCAGUGGAAAUGUCAUACCACCACCAAUAACUCCUUUAUUUUUUUUAAACCAACUCUCCCUCAACAGUAUCUCGUGUUAAAAAAAAAAGACAUUUGAAAAGUUGCAGGACUGUCCUGCCUAACACUUUGCACACCUGCAACUUUUUUUUUUCAUGACUUCAAUUUACAGUAAAAAAACUAAACUAACCUUUUAUAAACCUUCAUUUUUGCAACUUUUUUCUGCUGCUAGCAUUGGCGACAGAAGGAUUUGCCUGGAUGGCUUUGAAGCAAGCCACAAAUGAAGGCUAGUCCUUGUGUGCUGGACUUGAUUACUUUCAGAUACAAAUGUUCUCCCACUAUUGGAAAUCUGUGUCAACACUAAUUAAGGUUUAGAAACAUUGUAUUUCUUGCUGAUGUUUCCAAGGAUAAUACUUUAUAAUAAAUACAAAUGUAUCAACAAUUUGUGCUGUAGAGCUGGGAUUUAUAUAUUUUGAUGAGUACUUCACAACAGUAACUGGUAUUGGAUUGGCAAUGUUCUGCCAUCAGACAUUUUGAGGCCCCUACAGGGGCUGCCCUCUUACAGACAUUAAGAGCUGUGGCAUGUAAUGUGUGUGUUUAGGGAAUAUAGGGGAUUUUGUUUGUAUACUGGAUGCAACGUGUGUAUGUGAUGGUGUCUGUAAGAGAUGCAGUAUGUAGAUUGCAAGUUUGUUUGGGCAGGGCCCUCUGUAUGUUAUACAAAUUUUGUUUCCUGUUAGACAGCGCUAUAACAAUAAAUUUGUGUACAUCUGCCUGCCUUUGUGGGAUGUGAUAGGGGCUGUUAUCUGUGGGUGACAGGUUGUUUUUUUUUUUUGUUUGUUUUUUUUCUCUUUUAUGAUUCUGCCCAUUCCAUGCCUAUUACAUGUGCCAGGGAGAGGAGACACUCAUUCCUUGGUGGUCCAAUGAGCGCUGUUUGCACUCUGCCAGCUGCCUAGGAUAUUUAUGCUGUUUGAAUAGCGACAAUGUAGGCUAAAAUAGCAGAGUUUAGUCAAUAUCUUGUUUAACAAAAAGCAGGAGGCCUGCACUUGAUGCUUUUGAUUUCUCAAGGACACGUCGGAAAUAUUCAGUGAUGAUUCCCUUUUAUUCCAGAAGUUGUCCUUAAGGGGUUAAGUGUUCUUUGCUACACCCCCUCUUUGAAAGGGGUAUACAGACUUUUUCAAUAAAGUGCAGCAUGUGAGAAGCUUUAGUAUCUGUGCUGCCUCCCUAGUGGUAGAAACUAGUAUAACAGGCCAUGAAGAUUUUAUAUUUUUCUUUACUACUUCAUCCUAAGCUAAAACUUUAUAUAGGGAUAAUUAAUAUUUUUAAAAGAAUUUGAGCAGUUAUUUUUGUGUAACUCCAAUACCAACUCACACCACUACGUUAAUGUUUUGUAAAAUUACAGCUGAGAUGAAAAAGAAUCAGAUUUAUGGUUAAAAACUUAGUAUUUUAGUUAUUUACAAAUACUUUACCUACAAUAAAUAUUCUUUUAGAUUAAAAGAAAUAAAAAGAAAAGUGUGGCACAUCUGUCAAUUGGCAAGAUGGAAAUAAGCCGGUGGGAUAACUGUGAAGGAGUCACUUUUUGUGGUUCUUCGGCUCUUGUUUUUGUUUUCCUUGGGCAGAGGGAGACCCUCCAAAAGCCUGGUAGUCCGCUCUCGUCUGUCAUACAUCUGAGCCACCUCAUUAAUGGUGCUUGCUGUGAAAUGCCUUUCAUUCAUGUAAGCAAUGGUCUCAUCACGCUUGCGACCUACGUACCCUUUAAGCACAGUGUUGUAUGGAUUGUCCUUUGCAGAGGGCUGCAAAGUCUUGUAUUUGAACUCCUUUCGGGUGAUAACAGGCAACAGGAAGCAACCAGUUUGGUUCUUGAUGACAUCUCCACCUGAAUGUCCCAAAGUUGAGGCUAGAAGAUGAUCUGGGAUGGGUAUCAUGUCACAUCCAGAAAACUCAUCUAUAUAUUCCACAUGUUUCUGACGAACUUCAACAACAUCUUUUAGUGACUGUUCCCGACGUUCUUCUAAAUCCAUAACUAAUCGAUGGGGGUAGUUUUCCCCUAGAAUUACACCUGCC